CGCGCCCGCUCUCUCUCCACUCGUUUCCCUCGCUCCCCUUUUCUUUCUUUCUUUUUUUCCCACGUUGCGGCGCCACCUCCCCCUCCCUCUCACACUUACCACCUGCCCCGCCUCUCUAGGGUUUCUCUGGGUUUUUGGACCGCGCCGCCACGCACCCCGCGGCCGCCGGAUCGCCACCAUGGCCGCCGUCGCCCCCGCCGCCGGACAUGCUGCGGAUUUGCUGCAGAAGCUGUCCCUGGAUCCCAAGAGCGAAGGCGGCAAGGGCUCAGAGACGAAUGAGAAGGCAUCGGGAGGGCUGAAUGGUGUGUCAAAGGGUGCGGUGGUGUCUCCGAACCCUCCAGUGCUGUCAGCGGAGCCAUGGGCGCAGCAGGAUUACAUGGAUGCUGCUAUGUACUACGGUGGCUACCCUGGAGCUUACUACUGUGGAGGUUGGGGUGAUUAUUCCGUCUACGUGAGCCAGGAUGGAGCGGAUGCACUGUCCUCUGGUGUUUAUGGGGACAUGUACUGCUAUCCUCAAUAUGGUAUUGCUGAUGGUCAGAUUUAUGGAUCUCAGCAUUACCAGUACCCAUCCACAUACCACCAGCCAAAGACUACUGCCAGCAAGCCAGCAUACAAGGCUAAAACUGGCAAGUCAACUCCUUCAUCACAAGAAGAUGUUUCUACGGCAACUGCUGCUGAUCAGCAGCCUGUCUUGUUGGAUUCCUCCAAAAUCACUCCGAAGAGCAUUGAUGGUGUAAAAGGUCCUAAGAAGGAGACUUUGCCUCUGAAACCAAAUGAGCGUUUGGGUAAUUACCAGAAUCAAGGUAGCAAAACAGCUUAUUCAUGGUCUGGUAGCAGUACCUCUUCAGAAAAACAUCCAAAACUCUCUGGUGGUAGUCCUACCUCAACAGCCUCUAACCGUAACAACAAGGGGCAGAACUCUCCGAUGGGGCCACCAUCUUCUGGAUUCAUGAGCUCCAUUUACUCUGGUAGCGGAAUGUACAACACGAACGCUUACACACCUAGCUUUUGGUAUGGAUCUCACGUCUAUGGUCCUGGGCUAUAUGGUGGGUGGAAUGCAUUGUCGAAUGGAAAGUACAGGCCCAGAGGAAAAACUUAUGGAUCUUAUGGUUUUGGCAAUGAAAACUUGGAUGGCUUGAAUGAGUUGAAGCGCGGACCAAGAGGUGGUCCCUUUAAAACCCAACAGGGGCCUGGGGCAGCUGCUGAUGCAAAAGGACAGGAGCUUCCCACCAGUGAUGGCUCUAAUGCUGUUAAGCAGGAUCAGUACAAUCGUGCUGAUUUUGUUGAGACCUACUCAGAUGCCAAAUUCUUUAUUAUUAAAUCGUACAGUGAGGAUGAUGUUCACAAGAGCAUCAAGUACAAUGUUUGGGCAAGCACCCCUAGUGGAAAUAAGAAGCUGGAUGCCGCUUAUGUAGAGGCUAAGGAAAAAUCGAGCAGCUCUCCUGUGUUCCUGUUAUUCUCUGUUAACACCAGUGGACAGUUUGUUGGACUGGCUGAGAUGGUGGGUCGGGUUGACUUUAACAAGACAGUGGAAUACUGGCAGCAAGACAAGUGGACUGGUUGUUUCCCUGUCAAGUGGCACAUUGUGAAGGACAUCCCUAACGGCUUGUUGAAGCACAUCAUUCUUGAAUAUAAUGAAAACAAACCAGUGACAAACAGCAGAGAUACGCAGGAGGUUAAGCUUGACCAAGGCCUUCAGGUGUUAAAGAUUUUCAAGGAUCAUGUCUGCAAGACAUCCAUCUUGGAUGACUUUGGAUUUUAUGAUAACCGUGAAAAGAUAAUGCAAGAGAAGAAAUCAAGGCGGCAGUAUCCAGUGGAAAAGGUCGUGAACCGAAAGUUGCUUGCCACCAAUAAUACUGAAAAUGAAGCUACUGAUGGGAAGCAGAGUCUGCAGAAAUCUGAGGCUGUUGGGGAACAGAAUGUUGUGAAGAAUGGUGCAGUGGCAGUAGCUGCUAAUGGUGUCCCUCCGAGGGACGAAACUCCUGUGGUGGAAAAUGGUGCGAUGGCAGUAGCUGCUAAUGGUGUCGCCCCGAAAGAUGCUAACCCAACAACCGAAGUGGUAGCGGUUGCAAAUGGCUGUUAAUUUUCGCUGCAGGCAACCAGCUACCUGAGCUCAGUGCAAGGAGACAGCUCAUGUGCUGCUGCUGAAACCAUCUGAGAUGCUUCUAAGUUUUUCUCUCUCUCUUUGUUUUCCUUUGCAAUGCUUCUAGGUUGCAGAAAGGUGCAGUCUAUGGCGAUUCUGUAUCUGGCAGAAAGGUUCCUCUUGUUCGUUGCUUCUUCUGUACCAUUUAUCCUCCUAUUGGUUGUGUCCUCUGGGAGUUGAGAGUUUGGUUAGGAUGAGAUAGAGAUCGGCUGUUCCUGUUCCGUCGUGGUGCGUUGUCUUUUUGUCUUGUCAUUUGGAGUUGUACCUAGGUGUGAUGACUGGUGAGUGAGAUCUGUAAGGGUUUCGAAGUGAAUGACGAUAGCAGUUUUUGUGGUGGAUCAUUUCUUUCACCUUGUU